UAGAGACACAUCUCUUCACCUCAAGACUUGAACUUUUGCUUACCUUUGGAAUUUCAGUCAUGGCAUCUUCAGCACUGCUGAUACUCCUGUUAUAUGCAACCUCAAUUGGCACCACUGUAUCAAUUGAAGACAUAGAAUACUACACAAGAGAAAGAGUUGAGAAAUCUACUGAAUUAUUUGAAAAGAGUUUGGAAAUUGUAAAUAUAAUAGUUGAGGCAAAGGAUUCAUCAGAUUGGACUAGUGUACUUAAGAAAGUCUUAAAGUUCACGGCACGUUAUGGCCCUGCCUUUGGUGGUUUUGCUGGUGCUGCUGUAAAUUUUGCCCUGGCAUUUGUCGGUCAAGAUGACCCAGUGUUAGCUGAGGUGAAGACUCAGUUUGCAGAGGUUAACAGAAAGCUUGACUCAAUCACUUUGCAAAUCAACUCUCUGAAAACUGAAGUCCAGUGGGUAGCCUACACCAGUGUCUACUCUCAAGACGAGCUUAAGAUCAGCAACUCCUGGGACAUGUUCACGGAUUUCUUGACGGAGAGCAUGGCAGCCAAGGACAAGGACAAGAAGAGACAACUGGUGGAGAAGUUCACCCAGUUCUAUGAGAACACAGCAACUGAGAACAGUGUCACCAAUUUCUACAAAUACCUGACGGGAGACCAGCCUUCACUCUCCAAAAACCUCCUGGAGCUCACAGUAACAAAAUUCAGUGGUGAAGUUGAAAAGGUGAAGACAUACAGCACAUAUUUUAGAGGUCUGAUGUGGAAGGGCCUGCAGCUGAAUCUCGUCUAUUACAAGCUGAAGGACUUCAACACAGAGGCCAAGGCCAAGCAGUCAAUUAUUCAGUUUUACAACAUUACCCAAGCUCACACACAAACAGUGCUGAAAUGCAUUGAGAACUUUGAACAGUACAUGAAGAACGAUGUGAAAGUGAUUGGCACAUCCGAAUUCUUAGAAAUGACCCCACUAGCUACCAAAGUUAGAGAGUUUUUGAAUAAAAAGUACUUCUGGUAUGACUGGAUAGUUGCUGUGUACAAAAAGGAAGAUGCCAGUAGCCAUGACAUGUUACGUUUCACCAAGAUUUCUCUUGAGAAGUUCAUUGUUGCUGUGAGCUUCUCAGAGAAAGGCAACCAUUUUAUUGGAAAUACUAUAAAAGAAUACGCUUCUAACUGUGUGAAAAACAUAGAGUGUUCAAAGCCUGAAGUGCUGAACAAACUUCCUGAAUGUUCAUAUAAAUACAGCAGGUAUGGUCCUUCUUCAUACAAGUUGGCUAUGACUCAAAUUGCAGCUAUCCAUAUUUCAACAAAAAAAGAUGGGUUUUCUGAAACUCCAGAUGCGCUAAUCAGAAAUGACUGUCACUGGGGCUUCUUUUCAGUCUAUGUAAAAAGUGAUAACCAGAUUAAACAACUUGACCCCUGCUCUGGCAACACUGACUGUGGAAAUGGCCUAUGCAAGAGAAUACUAGACACCUCUUUGACAAUUUGUGAAUGCAAUGAGGGCUUCUAUGGUGAAAAGUGUGAGAUCAAUAUUCAGGACGAUGUGAUGACCGUGAAUGUAAAUGUGGGUGAAGAUGCCGAAGCAUAACAGAUGGCCUGGUAGGGAGGAUGUGAAUUUGGCUGGCUGGAGCUAAAUACAUGUCAUGGUUUCAAACACAUCGUUUCUAUUUCAGCUGUUAUUAUGAUUCAUCCUCCCCUCACCUGCUUCCUGUGCAGAAUGUGUCUUUCUCUGUGCCUGCAGGCUCUCGUUUUGUCUGGAUUAUUAUCCAGUCGUGUGAUCCAGUGCUACAAGGAAAGACCUUGUUAAGCUGCAGCUGGCCCAGAACAGAGCUGCACGUUUUGCUCUUCAUUGUAAUCAGAGGGCUGAUGAUGGCUAAUUUCCCCAGGUUGCAAAAUUCUGGUAACUUCCCCAAAAUUCCCAGGUUUUCCAGAAAUACUAGAAGAAAAGCACGGGAAAUCCAGCAAACCUGGGGAUAUUCAAAAAAAUGGGAAUUUUGGGAAAGUUGACAGAAUUUUGUAGUGGUGCCAUUCUGCCAGAGAGUAGGACAUUCAUCUAACCAUCAUCAUUUUCAGAAUUCCGAAGUAAAAAUAUCCCCCAAUUGAAUCAUACAAAUCAUGAUCUAAGAAAAUGUAUAUACAUAAUCUUUCUUUUUUUUUUGACGUGACUGCUAUAAGCAAUGCAAACGCAAAUAUUUCAGCCUCUAUCCUAUCACAUUUCUUACAUUCAGGACAUGUAUAUUUGUACAGGAAUAUAUAUACACAGAUCAUCAUAUCUAAGAUCAAUGUUACAUGUAUCCAACGUAAACCUUCAACACCCUGUUAUGGAUAGACGAUGUUAAACCACUGUAAUGCUUUUAUGCUUGUGCUUCUGUAAAGCUAUACUUCAUUUUCUAAUGUAAUAAACAUUGAAUUCCGAAACCAA